AUGUCCACUCCGAGAGACAUAAGCCGUGCCGGGCGAUCUGCUUCGCCAGCUGCAGGCUCGCCGGCUAACCGACAAGCCUCUAUAGCCAGGCUAUCCUCUCCCGUUCCCUCGAGCCGCUUGGGUACGAGCCCGCAACAGGUUCCCAACUCGUCACACCAUCCGCCGAGUAAUUCGGAUUCCAAGUUACCUGCACUCGAGAGUCAGUCUUCCUUGCCUCGGCCGGGCCCCUCCGCCCUUUCGAGUGCCCUUGCUACCAGUGCCGGUCGUGGUGCUCCUGCUGUCGCCGGGACACCUCCUCGCAUCCACCAGGGUUCCAUCGGAGCAGGAGAAAGAAUACCAAGAAGCAACUAUGGCUCAUUCAGUACUCGAGAAGUGGCUGGAAGCCCAGCACCGCCAGCUGCGGAUCCAGAGGUAAUUAAGAGGCAUCUCGUAAUGCCGGAUGAGACACGAGGCCGCCAAAGUGGCUCACCUGGCGUGCUCUCACAAGGCGCCGGUCUAGGCCUCGAUUCCGAUGAGUUUUCAAGCCUCCAGCUGCAGGGAGGUGACAUGACCAGGAACGUUUACAAAUGGGCCCAGGAAGCACAGAACAGUGUUCGAGGUCAGCCUCAGAGAAGCAAAAGCUUUGCGUUGACAAGACCGGAAGCAGAAGAUGAUUCGGAGAAUAUCCACAACAUCCUGGUACCUGGAGGCUUUCGUCGUGAUUUCCUACGGAGGACAGCAGACAGUCCAGCUCCGGCCAACCGGCAGCACGUUGGUCCUUCGGAUUCUUCAGUGCCAGCAGGCAAAGCGACGAAGCCGCCGCAGCGGCUCUUCACAAACAACUUCAUCGAGUUUUUGACACUCUACGGUCAUUUUGCUGGCGAGGAGCUUGAAGAAGAUGACGAAGUUCUGGAACCUGAUGAGUACUUCUCUUCCGAUGCAUACGACGAAUACGCGGGAGAUGAUGAGCCCGGGGAGGGCAGUGCCUUGCUCGGAACACCUGGGCUUCGCAAGAGAAAGCACAAGCAGAGAACGCAAGGCGGAACAGGGAGCCCACUGAACGCAGCAUUGCUGUUACUCAAGUCGUUCGUCGGCACAGGAGUCUUGUUCCUACCCCGAGCAUUUCUCAGUGGUGGCAUGCUCUUCUCGUCCCUCAUCCUACUCGGCAUUGCGGCACUCAGCUACUUCUGUUUCAUCCUCCUGGUCGACACCCGGCUGAAGGUUGAAGCUUCGUUUGGUGACAUGGGCGGCAUUCUCUAUGGCAAGUGGAUGAGAGCGGCCAUUCUGUCUUCAAUCGUACUCAGCCAACUUGGCUUCGUAUCAGCUUACACGGUCUUCACCGCAGAAAAUCUCCAAGCAUUCGUGGAGGCUGUGUCGAAUUGCCGAACAUUCAUCGACAUCAAGUUCCUGAUCUUGAUGCAGAUUGUCAUCUUUCUUCCACUGUCAUUGAUCCGAGAUAUCUCGAAGCUUGGUUUCACGGCCCUGAUCGCUGAUGCCUUUAUUCUCUUGGGCCUGAUCUACCUCUACUACUACGACAUCUACACCAUUGCAUCACCCGGAUACAAGUUGGAUAUUCAGUUGUUCAACCCCUCGUCUUGGACCCUACUCAUCGGCACCGCCAUCUUCACCUUUGAAGGCGUGGGCCUCAUCAUUCCUAUUCAGGAAUCGAUGCGGCACCCGCAAAAGUUUCCAUUUGUCCUAUUUGUGGUCAUGAUCAUCAUCACGGUUCUCUUUACAUCAGCUGGCGCGAUCUCAUACGCAGCUUACGGUUCCAAGACCCGUACGGUGGUCCUCUUGAAUCUCCCGCAAGACGACAAGAUGGUCAACGGAGUGCAGUUUCUCUACUCUCUGGCCAUCCUCCUUUCAACACCACUUCAGCUAUUCCCGGCUAUUCGCAUUAUGGAGAACGAGCUUUUCACUCGCUCUGGGAAGUACAAUCCAUACAUCAAGUGGAAGAAGAACGUGUUCCGUUUCCUACUUGUGAUUCUUUGCGCACUCGUCGCAUGGGGUGGCGCAGGCGAUCUGGAUAAAUUUGUGUCAUUGGUUGGCAGUUUUGCAUGUGUUCCCCUGGUGUACAUCUACCCUCCCAUGUUGCAUUUGAAAGCGGUGGCGCAGACUAGAGUGCAACGAGGGUUGGACUAUGCGGUCUGUGUAUUCGGCAUUAUUGGUUGCGUGUACACUACGGUCUUGACUGUUCAGCAAUGGGCUGGUGGCAGCGUGCAUGAUCCUGGGUAUUGCGAUUCAUGA